GGGCGUUCCGUCGGUCACGAUCCAGCCAAACCCAGUCAAACCCAACCGCCGCCUUCUCCCCUUAAGUAUUUUUCUCCUCGUCCGUCUUCUUCUUCUUCCCCUCCAGAUUCUUCCCCCCAAUAAUUCUCAACCCCUCCAUCCCCUCGCCAGUCGGCUCCAGUCAUCUCCCUCCGCAUUCUUAUACUGGCCCCCCCCACCAAUUGCCCUUGACUCAUCACCACAUACCCAGUAGUUAGACUACUAGACUGGUCACAAUUACAAUGGCCGUCACCGCAAUCGAUAUCAUGCCUAAGAAGCCCUCCUCCUCUCCUCUCUCCUCCAACAACCCCUCCAUGAAUAAGCGCUGGCCUCCCCUCGCCGACAAGUCCUCUCUUCCCUACAAACUCACCACCCUGUCGCGCCAGAAACUUGCCCGGGAGGCCACGGCUCCGGAUCCGGACAUUCGUCGCUGUCUCGGUCACUUCCGUCUGCACUGUAUGUCGAUGGAGUGGGCUCAGAAGGACAUGACGACGCGCAUCAACUCGUUCGACCUGGAGGAUGACGAGUCCGAGAGUGAGGAGGAGGACCGUGAAGACGAAGACAAGAAGAAGGGUCCCGAGGACCGCAAGGAUGAGGAACAGGAUCGGACCUCCAAGGACGAGCCGGCCGAGACGACAGAGAAGACCACUGUCCACGUCAGCUUCCAUGUGUCUGCUCCUGCAGUCUCUACCGAUAAGACCGAUAAGAAGGAAGAGAAGAAGGAAGAGGGACUCCUCGAAAAGGGUCGCAACUGUCUCGAAAAGACCGUCCAACGGAAACACUUUUGGCCUUCACCUGGCCAGUGUCUGCCAGUGCGCAUUGCCGGCUGAUUCACCACAUCACAUCACACCACACCACUUCCCACCUCACAACAUCACAACAUAAUCUAAUAAUCACGACGACACGAGCUACGAAUUUCUUAAUAUCAUCUCAUUCAUCAUACAUACUUGGCGGAGUCACAGCACUCAUUAUCGGUCCAUACGAGCUAGGAGUUGGAAGGUUAAUAUCACCACAUCAUCGGAGUUACCAGUUAGAUUGGAAGGACCAUAUGUAUCUAGCAAAAGUCAAUCAAUAAAUACUACAUCUAUCAUGAUUCUA